CCGAGGUCUUUGGGUGACCUAAUGGGCCAUGAAGCAAUAAUAAAUACAAGUAGUGUCGCUUCGCAAAUUUCUCUACCGUGGGAAAUUGCCUCACCUACUACUUUAUGGUCCGCCUGGAACAGGCAAAACAAGUACCAUACUUGCUGCCGCAAAUUGAAUACUUCUGAUGAUCGUGGAAUAGGGGUUGUUCGCGAACAAGUUUUGACUUUUGCCAGUACGAAAACACUAUUUUCUGGCAAGUUUAAGCUUAUCAUUCUGGAUGAAGCAGAUGCGAUGACCAAAGAUGCACAGAAUGCUUUGCGUCGAAUUAUUGAGAAGUUUUCUGAGAAUGCGCGCUUCUGUCUCAUAUGCAACUAUCUCUCAAAAAUCACUCAAGCUAUUCAGUCGAGAUGUACUAGAUUUCGUUUUCCUCCUCUACAGAAAUCUGAUAUGAUCACCCGUCUCAGUGAAAUUGCCAAAAAUGAAAGUGUUCAGCUUACCGAGGACGGAAAGGCCGCUCUAUACCGUUUUUCUUCCGGUGAUAUGCGUGCGGCCAUAAAUUUGCUGCAGAGUGCUUCAUUGUCCGGUCAAGUGGUCGAUGAGGCCACUGUCUACGCUUGCGCUGGUUACCCAGCUCCGAGAGAAAUGCGGUCCCUCCUCGAUUGGUGUCUCAAUGAACCGUUCCCUUCGGCUUUAAAGAGUGCGUUUUUUCAUUGUUCCCUCACACAGGUCAAUUUUUGCGCCCUAACCCUGGAUUUGAAAAUGCCAGACAACGUAAAAGUUGGCCUGAUAACCAUGCUCUCUGAUGUGGAAUAUCGUAUGUCUUGUGGUGCCUCCGAGAAACUGCAGCUCGGCGCCGUCUGUGCAGCCCUCGCAAGUGCAAAAGACUUCCUCGGAGCAUUAGAGGCCUGA